AUGGAGAACAACUCCUCCAUCUCUGAAUUUCUACUCCUUGAAUUCUCAGCAGCUCUGGAACUGCAGAUUCUACACUUCAUUUUAUUCCUGGUGUUAUACCUGGUAACUGUAACAGGGAAUCUUCUAAUCAUUGCUGCCAUAGCUUUUGAUCACCACCUACACACCCCCAUGUACUUCUUUCUGAUGAACUUGGCGAUGCAGGACAUAGGUUCAGUUUCAGUCAUUAUCCCCAAAGCCAUGAUGAACUCAAUCAUGAAUAUCAGGUUGAUCUCUUAUUCUGGGUGUGUUGCUCAGGUCCUCUUGGUUGUCUUCUUUUUAGCAUCUGAUGUUGCCGUCCUUACAGUCAUGGCCUAUGAUCGGUAUGUUGCCAUUUGCAAUCCAUUGCAAUAUGAAAUACUAAUGAACAGGACAGCCUGCACUCAAAUGAUGGUCAGUGCAUGGAUCAGCAGUCUUCUCUAUGCAAUGUUACACACUGGUGGAACUUUUGCAAGCCCUUUCUGCUCAAAUGUUGUGGAUCAAUUCUUCUGUGAAAUCCCACAUUUACUUAAGCUUGCUUGCUCUGAUUUACAUCAAAUUGAAAUUGGAGCUGUUCUCUUCAGUUUUGUCAUAACAUUAGGGUGCUUUGUCUUUAUUGUUGUGACUUACAUAUCUAUUUUCAGUGCUGUUUUGAAAAUCCCAUCUGUUCAAGGAAGGAAAAAGGCUUUCUCAACCUGCCUACCUCACCUUAUUGUCUUCUCCACAUUUUUAUUUACUGUGUGCUUUGCUUAUCUCAGGCCCACCUCUGAGAGAUCCUCAUACCUGGAUUUGGCAUUUACCAUGAUAUAUUCCAUUGUUCCACCUUUAAUAAACCCAGUAAUCUACAGCAUGAGAAACACAGAUAUGAAAAAUGCUCUUUCAAGACUGUUAGGGAUGAGACAGUCUCUUAUGGAUACCUUCUCCAAGUUUGUUUUGUGA